UAAUUGUGUGAUAAGUGUAGUAUAGUUUAGUAUAGUUCUAUAGGAUAUAGUUUCUUCUGUACUUCUGUACACUCUGGAGGCAAAUUAUGUCUAAAAUGGGCCUCAUCUUUUUUUUAUUUUCCCAAUUCCUUAUUUUUUACAUAUUUGUCACACUUUAAUGUUUCAGAUCAUCAAACAAAUUAUAAUUUUAAAAGCUAGAUAAGACAAAGAUAACCUGAGUAAAUAUAAAACGCAUUUUCAAGUGAAAAAAGCAAUCCAAACAUACAUGGCCUCCAACCCUAAUAACUGGUUGUGCCCCCCCGGCGGCAACAACUGGCAUCAAGCGUUUGCGUUACCUCGCCGUGAGUCUUUCACAACUCUACGAGAAAGUUUGGCCAACUGUUCUUUGCAGAAUUGUUUUAAUUCAGUCAUAUUGGAUGGUUUUUAAGCAUAAACGUUAUGUUGUGGUGACGUGCAGACACAAGGACAUAGCCAUAUAGCAGCCAGGGUUCAAACCACCAACCUUGCGGUUUCCGGCGCACCCUCUCUAUUCCACUGCGACUGCACUGGACAUUAUUUUACAGGCAGUGGACAGCUAAGUGGAACCAGUUUGUUGGGUGAAACAUAUUAGGCCUCUAUUUAAUUGAAUGUUUCUUUAUGUGAUUCACAUAAACGUGACUUAAUUUGAUUUUGUUAGCAUAGGACAUCCUUUGAUUUUAAUUGAACUAUCUUUUCAGACUUAUUUUGUUGAUUGAACUCGUUCCAGCAAAAGACCUUCCUCAAAGCAAGGCACGACAACAACUAGCAGUAAGCACCAUUUUUAGUUUUGUACCAGUGGCAAUGGAAAACAGUUAACAGUACUACUUUUUUACUUCAUUAAAUAGAUGUUUCUUUGGUUCAUGCUGUUGACAAUUUUUUUCACCAUCAUGUAAGAAUAAUCAGGCUACCCGCUUGUUUCUUUGUGUCGUCACAGAGCCUUAUGUCAUUACAUAUUGCAGUAACUAUGGUAACAAUACUCCUUGAAUACAAGUUUGGUCAUUGCCACAGAUUUAUUAUAUUAGUUUACGAUUAAAGACACCCUUGACAUUAUGCAGGUUUUAGCCAGCAAAGCAUUUUCUCAAGAAAUUGAACAAUGAUUUCUACUUUUUCCACAACUCAACUUCUUCAACUUGUCCAUCGUCAUGAAUGUAUUAUUUGGAUCUUUUUAAUUAGCCGUCGUUAAAAUCUUCGGUCUAGAUCUUUCCCACGAGUCCACAAAUGCAGCACUGAUCCAAUGUGUUCCGCACCAUGCUGCAGUUAAAACAGCUGAAUCAGAAAUAAAAUGGUAGUAGAAUCCCAAAAGAUGGAUUCCUGUGGGGCAGCAGGAAGUGCCGACAACUCCAUUCAAGUAAAGCGAUUACAGGUCCCAGCUAAAUGGUUCCCCGUCCCUGCUGUGUCACCUCCACCAACUGCUGCAGGCUCCUCAAAGGGGAUCUUUGUCUAUGAUCCGUCUAAAGUCCUACCAGUUGGACAUAUCCACCAACCCAGCACCUCUACAGCUCCAGAACCAGGGCGCCUGACCUCCUCCCCUUCUGUCAUGGUGGUAGCAAAGGUAGCCCCCUCAGGAGGAGUGGCCAUUAAGGGAACAUCGCAUGCAACAAGACCACCCUUGAGCCACGUGGUCUCCUUGAACCAGACCACGACCCCGGGAAGGACAGUGGUGAUAACCGUACCAAGGGCAGCGGGUUCACAGACGGUGCCUGUGGCCCCCCGACUGCCCCACACCGGCCCCCCACAGCUGCCAGCCAAUAUCCAGAUACCACCCGGUAUGAUGUUGAUCCGCAGUGACAGUGGUCAGCUGAUGCUUGUAUCCCAGCAGGCUUUGGCACAGGCUCAGCAGGCACCGAGAGGUGUCUGUGGUCAGGCGCCUAGAAUACUGAUCCCACAGGUAUCUUCAGCAGCUGGAAAUAAAAACCAUGAGAAGGUGACCGUGAUCAGGAUGACCGCCCCUCCCGCUUUCCAUCCAGCACCAGUUCAGAAGACUGCUGUGGUAAAGGUGAAUGGUGAGACUCCCAAACCGGCUGUAGUCCAGGCGCUCAGCGCUGUGUCUGAUCGGGGGAGCCAGCCUCUCGUUCAUACGGUCAUCACAGAACCCAAAAAGGAGACUGCAGCCAGCGUCAGUCAGCAGGCGACCCUGGAAAGUGUAAAGAAGUGCAAGAACUUCCUGGUGACUCUGAUCAAGCUGGCCUCCAGUGACUCCAGGUCAGCAAACAUGGCCAACAACGUCAGAGGACUGGUCAGGAGUCUGCUGGAAGGGAAGCUAGAAGCAGAGGAGUUCACAGAACAGCUUUAUCGCGAGUUGAAGUCCACUCCCCAGCCCUGCUUGGUGCCUUUCCUCAAGAAAAGUCUUCCUGCAGUGCGUCGCCUCACUGCAGACCCUCAUCUAUUCAUCCAACAGGCUUCAACUUCUACCGGCAACCUCACCAAGCCACCCAGCAGCACCACCACAGGACAACCCUUCAGCACCAGCCAGCAGCUUAUCAAGCAGCCUCCAGGAGUGACUCUGAGACCAGGCAUGACGACAUUAGUCCAGUCCAGAAAUUACAUACUGAAGAGCAGCAGACCCAUCCCCAAACAAGUAGUUGUCCAGUCGGGAAAACCCUUAGCAGGACUGUUGUCAUUAAAACAACCUUUCACUCAGGAACCACCUCAUUCUAUCAAAUUUGCAUUCAAGGACAGUUCAGGAUCGUACAAAGAGGACGAUGACAUCAACGACGUAGCCUCCAUGGCUGGAGUCAACCUGAGGGAGGAGAAUGCACGGAUUUUGACCUCCGGGGUGGGCUCUGUGGUCCAGUCAUGCCAGGAUCAGCUCUUCCUCUCACCAAGCCUGGUGCUUAGCCGAAUCUUGCUCUCAGGACGGGCAUUUGCAGUAACCGAUGUGGGUCCCAACGUGGUGGCUCUGGUGUCUCAUGCCACGCAGGAGUGUCUCCGUGGGCUGCUUGAGAAGCUCACUGUGAUGGCAGAACAUCGCAAGGCCGGCCUGAAGGAGGACUUGUGGCAUGCCAAAGUCAGUGACGUGCGUUCCCAGCUUCGCUUCCUGGAGGAAGUGGAGAGUUUGAAGAAGAAGAGGAGAGAUGAGGAGGAGAGAGAGCAUAUGCUGCGACUCGCCAGAAGUCGCUCACACACAGAGGACCCACAUCAGCAGCAGCUGAAGCAAAGAGCCAAAGAGUUGCAGCAGAUGGAAGAAGCUCAGCUCCAGCAGAGAGAAGCCAACCUUGCCGCUCUGGCUGCCAUCGGGCCUCGCAAGAAGAGACCUCUGGAGCCCAAUGCGAGCCAGGUGACCCUGCUGCCCCGACCGGCUGUGGAGAGGGUCACCCGGGUAAUGCUGAGGGAUCUGCUGCUGUGUAUGGAGCAGCACCACUUCCUGUGCCACUCUCUCUCUCUGUACAGAGCAAUGCUCUGAAGAUCUCCACUGUCAUCAGAUCGCUCCCUUCAUAAUCUUCAGCUUUUUGUACUUUUGUUUCAGUUCUGUCAAACAUCAUUGUUUAUGAUGUCCUCCUUUGUUUUCAGUAAAGGUACUCUCUUAAGCCCUCAUUUUGGUUUUGCUUCAAGUCAAAAAGAUAAUAGGAGAUGAGUGUUCUAAGUUGACUGUUAAUUUGUGUUUAUAUUGUUUGGCUAUAUUUGAGCAUUAAAAAAGUGGACUGUUCCAUCCUGA